AAAACCGUUUGUCCUUCUGUGCUCGCCGUAGCAGUAGAUUGUUUAACAUGGCGACCUCCAUGUUGGUGAGGAGUCAUUGUGCCCUGAUCCCAACUCUCACUGUGGUUAGAAGGCACUUUGCUUCCAGUCCCCCAUCUGUGUUUCACAAGUUCCUCCUUCAGCUAAAUCAGCGCUUUCUUGAAGUGGAAUAUCUCCUAAAAUUUAGCAACUGGUUAAAAAAUCGAGAUGUGAGGCGCAAAAAUUUGUUCUAUGAAGACGCACAGAAGAAAUAUGGUGUAAAUGUGGCAGCAGCGUACUCCAUUCUGAAACUGGGAGGAGGCUUCAGGUUUGCUGGACAGACCGAAUGGUUUCGUGUCGAUCCAAAGGGGAGGUUUAGCUUUGACUUUGUAUACACACCAGAGUCCACUAUAGAGGAGAUUGACUUGAGCGGGACUCUGUUAAACCACACUGGACUACACAACCUCACGAGUCAGCAUGGCCUGCGUUCCCUCUCGGUGCAGGGCUGUCCGGAGGUCGAUGACUGGUUCCUUGGUCGCCUGCAUGUUUUCCGUGAGACCCUACAGGAGUUGAACAUUUCACAAUGCCCUCGUAUCACCGUAGGAGGUUUAGCUGCACUACAACACCUCAGGAAGCUGCAGCAGCUGGAUAUAUCUUCACUCCCACAGCUGCAGAAUCCAGGCCUGGUGCGCAUCCUUAUCGAGGAGAUGUUACCUAACUGCAAGAUCAUCGGUGCUGAAUAUGAUCAUGGACUCUGGAGCCCAGAGCAGCAGAGACUCUGAGACGUGUUCAGAUCUUACAGGACUGUCGAUCCACAUGAUGCUCCUGUUCAUCUUAUAAUGUAGUUCACUCGAGUGAGGAAUAUUUGUGCAGGAAAUGAUUAUACACAGAAAAAGCUUAGAUUUAAGUCUCACGUGGCUUUAAUCGCAGGGCCGAUGACAGGAGUGUAGCUUAAAAGCUUAUUGUCGUAUCUUUGCCUGGUUUGUUGUACCGUCAUCAGUGUAGAUUUCACGAGAGCUCCAGCAGUUCUUCUCUCGUCUCCCAGCUGUCUCUGUUUUAGUAGCUGCUUCCUGACUGUUUUAGUAGGAAUGUGGAAUUAUGUGAUGUAAAGUUGAAUGUAAAUGAAGAUGUUGUAUUAGACUGUGAUGGAUUAAUCAUUUAUAAAAAAAAAAAUGCUUCUUA